AUGAGCACUCUAUGUAGUUACGAAGGAGUGGCAGGGAACGGUGCACUAAUGCGUUUGGCACCCGUACCGUUAUUUUUCUAUCGUUCACCCGCAGAUGCUGUUCGUCAUGCCGGCAAUUCAGCUCUUCUAACACACGGUGAUAAAAGAGCCAGCGAUGCGUGUCGUUAUUACUCAGCGCUGAUAGCCGGCGCAUUACUUGGUUACUCGAAAGAUGAGCUGUUAGAUAAGCAGUUUUAUAUUGAUCGAUGUAAGGAAGGAUGGUUCGGUGGAAGCGAAGAACGUGUCUUAGAUCCAGAAAUUCAAAAUAUAGUUGAUGGUUCGUUUAAAGACAAGAAAGGAGGCUAUGUUGAUGGUAUUCGUGGUAAAGGCUACAUUGUUUCGGCGUUAGAAGCGGCAUUAUGGGCAUUCUGUUAUGAUAAUAACUGCUUUCGAACAGGUGUCUUACAGGCUGUCAAUCUUGGUGAUGACACAGACACGACAGCUGCUAUAUAUGGUCAGCUAGCUGGAGCCUGUUAUGGCAUAAAUGCCCUUCCACCGGAAUGGUUGGAAAAAGUGUAUGCCAGAGAAUUCAUUGAAGGUUUGAGUCAAUGGUUAGCAUAUGAAGGGAAAGAGUGGUAUACGAGACAAAAAACAAAUAAUGGUCUCCAAAAUGCUAGUCUAGACUCAUACUCUCAAUUGGAACCGACAGAAAUGAAUGAAGUUUAA